AUGGGAAUCAAGCACUCCUCCCGCUGCGUGCUCCUCCGGAGAAAAAUGGCGGAAUCCGAGAGCAACGAGCAGGGACAACAAAAAAAAGAACAACCACAGCCACAGCCUCAGCCAAUCCGCAUCAUCCCAUCCCAGUCAGCACAGCCUACUCCACUGCCGAAACCCGAGCCGUCCGUCAACCAUGCCCCCCGACCGCCCCGACCCCCCCGGCCCCCCCACACACCCCAUGCAGCCAGCCUGCCCAGUUGUCCCGGGAGAGGGAAGAUGGCUAAGUUCCUCAACCCGGAGGAGAUGACCUCCAGAGACUACUACUUUGACUCCUACGCCCACUUUGGCAUCCAUGAGGAGAUGCUAAAGGACGAGGUGAGGACCUUGACCUACAGGAACUCCAUGUACCACAACAAGCAUGUCUUCAAGGACAAAAUAGUGCUGGAUGUAGGGAGCGGGACUGGGAUCCUGUCAAUGUUCGCUGCCAAGGCCGGGGCCAAACACGUGUAUGGGAUUGAAUGUUCCAGUAUAUCAGAAUACUCAGAGAGGAUCAUCAAGUCCAACCACCUGGACAGCGUUAUCACCAUCUUCAAGGGCAAAGUGGAGGAGGUGGAGCUUCCUGUUGAGAAGGUGGACAUCAUCAUCUCCGAGUGGAUGGGUUACUGCCUCUUCUACGAAUCCAUGCUCAACACCGUCAUCUUCGCCCGGGACAAGUGGCUGAAACCGGGAGGAUUAAUGUUUCCAGACCGCGCUGCGCUGUAUGUGGUGGCCAUAGAGGACAGGCAGUACAAAGACUUCAAAAUCCACUGGUGGGAGAACGUGUAUGGAUUUGAUAUGACCUGCAUCCGUAACGUGGCCAUGAAGGAACCAUUGGUGGACAUAGUGGAUCCCAAACAGGUGGUGACCAACUCCUGCCUGGUGAAGGAGGUGGACAUCUACACGGUGAAGACUGAAGACCUCUCGUUUACCUCAGCCUUCUGCUUGCAGAUUCAGAGGAACGACUAUAUUCACGCGUUGGUCACCUACUUCAACAUCGAGUUCACGAAGUGUCACAAGAAGACGGGUUUUUCUACCGCCCCCGACGCUCCGUACACUCACUGGAAACAGACGGUGUUUUACCUGGAGGACUACCUGACUGUUCGGAGAGGAGAGGAGAUCGUCGGCAGCAUCGCCAUGAAGCCCAAUGAGAAAAACAUCCGGGACUUGGACUUCACCUUCGAGCUGGAUUUCAAGGGACAGUUGUGUGACGCGGCCAUCUCCCACGACUACAAGAUGCGCUAA